GUGAAUAACUAUGACAGCACGACACGAAAGGAUGGUAGCCCGGGGUGCGAUUGUUUAAGAAUAGGCUAGGACGCAAUUUAGUUAACAUGCCAUGGUUUGUCUAAUGAGAGAUUUAGGCAUAUGGUGAUCUCCAGUAAGAAAGAAAGGAUGAAAGAAACGUGACCAAACCAAGUAGAAUCUCAAAGGCUCUCAAGAACAAGUAUCUCAUCGACAUGAUGAAUAUUAGUUUUUCAAGUAGUUAACCAACUACUCGGACGUUAGCAAACAGAUAAUCAUCAUCAACCUAGAGAAGGAAGGAGAAACGUUGCAAAGGUCUGUGGAGGUAGAAUCAAAUGUGCGAGGAGUUCAACUCCAAACACCAGCAAAGAGGUGCCAAUUGAAAGGGAAUACCUCAAGGAUUUUGAAGGAGUUGAGAGAGUAGUACGAGGAUUUUACUACUAGGAAACAAGUGGAUGAUCUAAUAAGCUAAGACAAACAAAGGGGAGAAAUAUGAAUCUCCAAAGGAAGAGGAACAAUCACCAGAUGCCAGUAGUUAUGAUAAUAGGAUGAUGUUAGGGUCUUUGGUCCUAAGCAGUGGAAAGUGGGCAACGGGUGAAGAAACAAAGACGUACCUUGAUAACGAUGUAAUUGCACGUAUUUGCACCCCUAGUUCUUAUCCGUUUGAGGGGCAUAGUCGUGUAUUUUUGGCCUAUUUUACGCCGGGUUGUGCUACUUUGUCAUAUUUCAGGUCCCAGGCGUCAAAGGAAAGGCUAAGCACGAGUUUCGGGGCAUUCGGAAGUCAUUCGGUCGAGCUGGAGCCAAAACACGGGCACGCCUAAAUCAGAACACGGCCGUGUUCCUAGACCGUGCUUUUACUGCCGAGGCUUGACCUGAGUUUGGAAAACACGAGCUCAAAACACGGGCAGGGCUGAGACAGAACACGGCCGUGUCCCACAAAAGCACGGCCGUGUUUCUCCCAACUGGUUGGCCGUGUAAUUAACCCUUGGCAAAGCACGGGCGGGCUGGAGCAAAGCACGGCCGUGCCCUCGACCGUGUUUUAACCAGUGAUGCCCUUUUAAGCAGAUUUCAGCCAAAACAGAAGGGGAUUCGAGUUUUAGAGAGAGAGAGCGAUUCCUAGAGAGAGAAAGCGACGAGCAAGAGUUCCCAAGUGCCCUAGCUUGAUCUUCAUCACCAUUGGAGCUUGGCUUGAACUUGGAGAAGUGCCGAUCAACGUCCAGGAGCAGAAACCCAUCCUUCAUAGUAUGAUUUCCGCGUCUGAUUUUGCUUUUGCUUCUUUCUCCAUGGAGUAGUUCUCCCAUUCAUCUGGGUAUGGAGAACCCUAGUUUUGUAUGUUAGGUUUAAUUGUAUGAACCCAAGUACUGAUUCUAUGAUUUGAUUAUAUUCAAUUGAGGUUUGAAUGGCUUGAAUCCUGAUCAAAUUCCUGUUGCUUCUGCUUUAACCUAGAAUGAGAAUUCUGCCUAGGUUGAUAGAUCAUCCUUGAUUGAAGGUAGGGAGUUGGUGACUUUAGUCGAGGAGCCAACUCACUAUUCUGUACCGAAUUCACUUCGGUAGUGGAGGUUUUGUUCGUAGGGCCUCAAUCUGUUUACUCCGGUGGAGGUUAGUCGACCGCUAGAGACUCAGAUUGAGAGGGUCUGAAGAACUUUAGUCGAGACUUCAGGCUGUUUAAGAACCUUCCGCAGUAUAACUAUCAUAGAAACUGAACUUGGUAAUUGCAAUCCGGCUUAACUGCAGUCUAGGGGGAACCAUAUCCGGGUGACCUCUCUUAACCUGAAAACAACCGUUUAGUUGCUUUGCUUGUUUGUUCGUUUAGACUUGCAUUAAAGUUUCAUUGAUAGAUAACAAGAAUUCACCGAGUAGUCAUCAAAUCUAGGACCCGGGUUGACAUUUAAACCCAAACCACGCUAUACUACACUGUAGGAAGUGGUUUCACUUGGCCAAUUCCUAGAGUGACAGUAGAAGUGAGUCAAGUUUUUGGCGCCGUUGCCGGGGACGGCUAGGUUGUUGAAGAAAAGUGAUUUCUGUUAAUUUAGCUUUUCUUUUCGCAUUGUUUGCUUUGUCCCACUUGUGCCUUCACGGGUUUGCUUGCUUGAGUGUGUGUAGGUAGUGCAUGACCCAUAGCCAUUCGGUAGGUUUAUUGCCGUUGAAUCCAGAGAUUGACCUCACCUGUCGCCAACUCAGGAGACAACAGCGAGCUAGACUGGCUACUGAAGAGCGCAUAGACGGCCACUUGAGCAGCGAUUCUGCGGAAGAGUACGGGAUGGACGGCGAUUACAAUCCACACCAGGGGAAUCCUCAGCAGGCUCCCCCGGUUAAUAAGGUCCUGGGGAACAACCCCAUACCCCAGGCAGAUGGGGUUCAUCAUCAUCACCCGCCGCCGGGUCCCACCUUAGAGUACUACUACACUCCACAAAUUGCUGACAUCCGCCCGGUCAUCCUCUACCCCCCUAUUGCAGCGAACAACUUCGAGAUCAAGCCAUGCUGGAUUCAGCUCAUUACAUCCACUAUCCAGUUCCAUGGCUUGAAGGAUGAUGAGGCCAGGGUACAUCUUUCCCGUUUUCUGCAGCUGACGAACGGGUUCAAGCUGAACGGUGUCCCCGAUGAUGCAAUCCGCCUUCACCUCUUCCCCCAUUCUCUGGCGGGGAAUGCUAAGAGGUGGUUGGAGACCCAUCCCCCAUUGUCCAUCACCUCUUGGGACGAUCUGGCUGACAAAUUCGUGCACAGGUACUAUCCGGCAUCGAAGUCUACAGAGAUCCAGCGGGAGAUCACUCACUUCCGCCAAGAGCCAGAUGAGUCACUUCGUGAUGCUUGGGAGCGGUACAUGGGAUAUUUCUGGCAGUGUCCCCAUCAUGGUUUCAGUGAUGCAUUCACAGUGGGGAACGUCUACAGUGCUCUCUCUCCGGACAGCCAGCGGGUGAUUGAGUCUCUAUGCCCAGGAGGGGAUAUUCUCACUAAGAAUCCACCCGAACUGAACCAGAUGAUCAAUACCUUGGCUGCCAGAGAUCAUUCCUGGGGGCAGAGCAGCAGAGGCAGACAUUCCCGGGACCGUGGUGUGCAUGCCAUGGAGACCAGAUCCGGGCUCGAGCAGCAGGUAGCUGAGUUAGUGCAGACAUUGAAGCAGCCCAACAGUUUUAUUCAGGGCAGAGGUUUGGCUACACCUCUGAUAGACCGUUAGUUACACAUGUUUUCACCCCUGUUCUUACACCGUUUGAGAUGUGGUUUCUCGUGUUUUAGACCGAUUUCACGCUAGGUUGUGCUUGUUUGUGAUAUUUCAGGUCCUGGCAAGUGAAUGAAGGUUUAGGAGCGAGUUCGGGGUCGAUUGGGCGAAGAUCGGGCGCGAGGCAAGUCACAAAGGAAGUCGCACGGGCACACCCACAACACACACGGCCGUGCAAGUGACCAGUUUGGCCGUGUGGGAUUGUGCGAGAGCAAACACGGGCAGAGCAGAAAAUCCACACGGCCGUGCAAGGUGAGCUGCACGGCCGUGCGACCCUGGCCGUGUAAGAAGCCUGGAAUUCAACUAAUCGAUACGCUGCGUUUUGACUCGCACGGGCAACUGGGUGAGCUGCACGGCCGUGCGGCCUGCCCGUGUGAGUCUGGAAUUGCUGGUUAAAACCCGAUUUUCAGCCAAAGGAAAGGGGAGAGCUGGGUUUUGGAUCCCAAACACCCAAGGGACGAACCAAAGAGAGAAAGGGCGAUCUGAGGGCAUUCUAAGAGUGGAAUUGGAGGAUUUCUUCGCCUUGGAAGCUCGAGGAACAAGCCCGGACUUGAAGACUGAUCAUCUGAAGAUUCUUACUGCAGUCUCUUUCUUCUCUAUGGAGUAACUUCCCUUCACUUAGGUUUUGAGGAACCCUAGCUAUGUUUGUUUGAUUGGAUGAUUGUAUGAGUACUCUGACUUGAUAAUCUUGAGUUCAUAUUCAAUCUAUGCAUGUUUUCAUGAUUCAAUUUUGCUUUAGUCGAGAUUAUUGAUUCUGCUUCGAUCCUAUGAGAGGGAAUACCUAAUUAGGUCAAUAGAGCACCAUAGAUUGAUAGUAGUGGAUUGAUUGCUUUAGUCGAGGGUUGAUUCACUGCUUUGUAUCGAUUGAGAACCUCUUUCGAUAGAGGGAGUCUAGUUCAGAACGCCUUGAUCAGUUGUUCUAGAGAAGGAUACGUCCCUCUAGGCAAUUGACUCAAGAGGGCCUUGUUCCUUUAGUCGAGACUCAAGGUCUAGUCAAGGAUUCUCCGCAUUGUGAAUGAAAGUGAAACAAGUUAGAAAUCAUCAAUCGUUAGUAUGGCUAGUGGCUAGGGGGAAUCAUACCUAAGUGAGUUCCCAACCUGUAAUUAGAUUAACUUUAACUGUAGUUUGCUAGAGUAGUUUUAGUUCUUUCAUCUUAAUCUGGUUUGCUAAAUAAUAAACUGAAGCUGAG